AUGAGUUCAUCAUCACCCGCUUAUUACGAUGAAGAAAUUGAAGAGAUUUGCAAGGAAAUAUCAAAGAAAAUAGUAAAGGUGAAUAAGGGAGCAGUGGAUGGCAAGAAGCAGGCAUUCUUUGAUGAAAUAGAUAAAGAUAUGGAGAGGGCGAAGAAGGCUUUCAAAAACAUGUAUAGGCUUGUAAGGAAAGAAGGAGUUGAUCAAACAUGGAAGAAGAAACUCUCUCAACACCAAAACGAAAUCCGAAAACUUGAACAAAAUCUUGCCACAGCGAAGGAUAAAUCUACUAAGGAUGAGCUUCUGGGAACAUCCUCUUCUGCUGGUAAUGAAAAGAAGAAAGAUCCUUCCAAAAAGAAACGUCGGGAGGAAGAUGAUGAGGUCGUGGAAGUUGUAGCCUCCGAGAAGGUUCAACAAAACAAAUCCCGUAAUGAUCAACUUGCAGAUGAGUUAUUCAAAGAAAUUUAUGAAACACAAGGUGAUUCUUUGGAUAUAGUGAAGAGGCUGAUUGAUAAGGCAGACGAAACGAAAACAAUUGCUGCAGAGUCCAUGGAAAUAUUAAAGAGACAACGAGAACAGUUAGAAAAGAUUGAUAAGGAAAUGGAUGAGCUGGGAAGUAACAUCAAGAGAGGAUCCAAUGAAAUUAAAAGCUUUAUGAGAAGACUGGCCACAGACAAGCUCAUCAUGAUUUUGAUUUUACUGGUUGUGCUUGCAGUAUUAGGCAUAAUUAUUUGGCGAAUUGUAGACUAUGUCAUUAAGAAGGUAUCCCCUCCAUCGAACGACAAUAAUAACAACAAUGGAAAGGUAACACCUUCCCAGAGUCCAAAACCUGCAAGUUAUUAA